CGCCCUUCUUUCGAGGCCAGAGCCUCCCCCAGGCCAGCACCGACGGCCCACACCAUGCAAGUGCUCUGCUCGCUGGCCGUGGCGGCCAUGUACCUGAGCACCAUCGGCUUGUCCAGCGCCGCCACCUCGCGCGCGGCCAAAGUCAUCAAGCCCGCCAUGUCGUUCGUGGUUGUAUCCGCCGGCCUGCGCGCGGUGCGCGCCGCGGGGGUGGCCGCCGGCGUGGGCGCGGUGCGCGACCGGCUGCGCGCGGGGCUGCAGGACCGGCGGAACGCCAUGCGCAUGGGCCGCAAGGAGGUGUGCUACGACAUGGUGGGUUGCUUCUCGGCGCUCAACAACCCCCUGAAGCGCUUGCCGCAGAGCCCGGACAGCGUGGACACCAAGUUCUGGCUGAUGACGCGCUCGAACCAGACCCACACGCCGCAGCGCAUCCGGUACGGUGACAACCUGCGCUCCCUGUCCCAGUCGGACUUCGACCCCACCAAGACCACGCGGGUCCUCAUCCACGGCUUCAAGGGCUCGGCCCACGACGACGGCGCCCUGGCCGGCGCCGCGGCCUUCCUCAAGAUGGAGGACGUCAACAUGGUGAUGGUGGACUGGGAGAAGGGCGCCUCCUCGCCGUACACCACGGCCGCGGCCAACACGGAGCUCAUCGGCAGACAGGUGGGCCUGGUCCUGCUGGACAUGAUGUCCCUCGGCGCGCACCCCGACGCCAUCCACAUCAUCGGCUUCUCGCUGGGCGCGCACGUGGCUGGCUGCGCCGGCCAGGUGGUCAAGAACAGGGGGCGCAUGGUGGGGCGCAUCAGCGGCCUGGACCCCGCGUCGCCGCUGUUCCGACGGCAGCUGCUGCGGGAGGCGGCGCAGAAGCUGGACGCCGGGGACGCGCGCUUCGUGGACGUCAUCCACACGGACGGCGGCGCGCUCUGGACGGACGGCUUCGGGCUGCUGGGGCCGCUGGGCCACGUGGACUACUUCCCCAACGGCGGGCGUCAGCAGCCGGGAUGCACCGACCCCAGGGCCUCCGUCGUCGUCAGCCACUUUGAGGGCGUCGUCAACUCCAGCACGGUGUGCAGCCACGCUCGGGCCUGGUCGCUCUUCCUGGAGACCAUCGCGACCCCCGAGCCGGGCCGCUGCCAGUUCCAGGCCUUCCCCUGCCCGCAGGGUGGCACCGCGUUCCAGCAGGGCCACUGCUUCCCUGCGCGCAAGAUCUGCGACCCCGCCGCACCCGGUCCGUCUUGCGGCGUCAUGGGCAUGCGGGCAGAGGAGACCCCGGCCAGAGGGCCGCUCUACCUCGUCACCAGGGACUCCCCGCCGUACUGCGGUGACCAGAUCCAAGCGUCCGUCGUCGUCUCCAAGCAGACGGCACCAACGCGAGGCGUCCUCCAGCUGCAGCUGCUGCACGGCUCCAGCAACACCAGCUUCCAGAUGGCCUGCGAGUUCAUGGACGGGGUGCAGCAGAGCGGCGAACUGAGGGCACUCGCCGCUGCGCAGUGGGGCUCGCUGGGCCCGGACAUCACCCCCCGCCUCACGGCGCGCAUCUCGUACCAAUCAUUGGCCUUCCAGAGCGAGCCGCCGUCCUCCGCCACCGCCCCGACGCCCACCGUGCCCACCACCACGGCCUCGCCCGCGCCCAGCCUCUACCUGGACCGCGUGACCGUCCGCGACCUGCGGGGCAACAGCUGGCAGUACUGCGGCGCCAACACAGCGCUGGCCCACGCCGAGGGGACCUUGUUUGACCAGCUGACGGUGGAGCUGGGCACCGAGCCCUGUUGACACCGGCGAAGAACCUCUAGCCAAAAUCACAUUCAGUAGCCUGUGCCAAAUUAAAUGGUCUGAGGAACG